AUGCACACAGAAGGUGUUAAUUGGGAAUUAAGUCAAGAAUUUAUGGUUGCUUCUCGUUUUCGUGGAAAAUAUAUGUCUGUAAUACCUACAGGAUAUACUCAAAUUAAAUUUAAAGAUGGAAAGGCUAAUUUUAUUUUUCAAAAAGUAACAACAACUGUACAUAAUAUAAUUGUUGGGAAACUUUGGAUUGAUAACCAUGGGACGAUGAAUAUUGUCAAUCAUGUUAGUGGAGAACGUGCAAAUAUUAAAUUUCAUUCAUACAGUUAUUUUUCUUCUGAUCAACCUAGAAAGGUCGAAGGAAUUAUUUUAGACAAAAAAGGAAAUGCUCGUUUUUAUAUUUUUGGUUAUUGGGAUAGCUAUUUAAAUAUUGCUUUAAUUAAUAAUCAAAAAAAUCAGCAAGGAAAGGUUUUGAUUGAAACUGGGGAACCAAAAAGGAUUUGGACUGUUAAAGAGCCUUUGGGAGAUUCUUCAAUGUUUAACUUCACAAAAUUAGCUAUAGAAAUGAAUGAACCAGAUGACCAAGUAGCCCCAACAGACUCUCGUUUUCGUCCAGAUCAGCGUUUAAUGGAAAAUGGGGAUUGGGAUGGGGCUAAUGAUCGAAAAAAUGAAUUGGAGGAUAAACAAAGGAAGGCGAGACGUAAAGCUGAGGCAGAGGCUGAAAGGGCGAUUGCUAAUAAUCAACAACCUCCAGAAUACCAAGCUUGUUGGUUCCAAAAAGUACAGGAUACAAAUACCGGUUCAGUAAUUCACACAAUUCGAGGUAAUGAAUAUUGGGUAUGUAAAGAGAAAAAGGAUUGGUCUAGAUGUCCAAAUAUUUAUUAA